ACCGUUUCUUCCUUUUCGAACGAUCAUCCUCUCAUCAACAUUCGUCCUCUCUAAUAAUUUAAACGCGAGAUAAAUUCUUAAAUUUUCGUGAAAAAAAACGUGAAAAAUUAGUGAAUUUCAUAAACAAUCAUUUCGUGUCGAUUUUUAUUUUUAAAUCGAGGUGUGAAAAUUGAGACCGUCGAAAGAUGCAACCGUCUCGCGGGGGCUGUUCUCCGGGUCUCGGAAACGACAGCAGCGGCUCACGGGAGAAAUUUACACCCUCAAACAUCCUUUCACCCAUCGUUCUUCGAAUUAAUUCAAUCACCGAAGAGGAAGUUCGAUUUUCUCAAGCCAGUCGACGCGCAACGGUCCCAAUUUUGUCGUUCAACAAUUCGUCCUUUUCGUAAGACGCUCGAUGAGGAAUCGAAUAAGAGAUGACGGUGCGCGAGGAAUACCGGAAGAACAUGAGACACAGCAGCUCCUGGCCGGACCGGGCUCGGCCGCAGACGGUGAAAGUGCGCGUGGAUCCAUUGUCGCGCGCCUUUACGAUCAUCCCGACGGUUCGCGAUCGCCUCCACCCUUUACUCUCCUCGAAAUCCGAUUGGAUCGACGAGAUCGUGUUCCUAGAUCGCGGCUCCGUCGAAUCAAAGCGGCGUUUCGUGAAUGAAAUUGAAGCGAUCGAUUCGGGGAAUAAUCGUCAGGGUUCCGGGGAAGCUUUCGAACUUCGCACGUUGGUACCAGACGACGUUAUGAAUAAAAGUUCUGCGAAAGUGAUCGCCGAAGACGAACCGAAAUUAUCGUCCUCAUCUGAUAAAACUAAAUCAGGCUUCCUCUUCACCGACGAACGUCUUGAUACAAUAUUGCAAGAGGAGACAAACUUCAGGUCAGAGGUGAAGGAAUCCCUGAAAUAUGGACCAGACGAUGGGGAAUUUCUUCGCUUGCAAACGAUUGUAAAUAUCGAGAGGGUCGAUCCGGAUGAGGAACGGAGAGAAGGGCAGGGCUCGUCUGGACGGUCCGCACCGAAGAGACUGUCGACUCCUCAUAUUCAGAUAGUCGAUUACGACUACAUAACGAGUUAUACUGUACAAAGCGAGCGGACCGCCCAGCACGCGUGCCCGAAAUGCACGCCGGAGGGUUUGCUGCUGGAACGCAUGGACCCGUUUCGUUCGCCGGUGUCUUCUGGGAACAGGAAGAGCUCGUCCGGCCGGUAUAGGAACGGCAGCGAGCCGGAAACGGUCCGUAAAUAUUCCGCAUCGGAGGGUAAAAUGAGGAACAGCUGGCGGAGAAUAGGAGCGAGCGGUCUAAUUGGAGGCGCCAGGAAUAGGGAGAGGAAAAAAUACGCGCGGAAGAGGGCGGCGGGACGGGCGUUGAACGAGCCGAAGAAAGAGACCACCUUGAGGAGGCAUUAUUAUCCUGAGGGGGGAUGGGGAUACGUGAUCGCGACCUGUUCGGCUUUGGUACAUUUCAUUGGGAUUGGACUGCAACUUGCUGCACCUGCCAGUUGGUAUCUCACGGCUCAGCUCAAGUUCCAUCAACCUGCCCUUCACAGCGCAGGUAUGUCAGAUCUAUUCUUUUAUUUAUGGUUAAUCAGUGUCUAA